AGCAGAUCGGAGGCUGACGUGACGAGGAGGGGGACCUGGAAUCGUCCCACUCAACUGCAAACAUCUCUGAUCAACCUUGCUACUCAUAGCAGGUCCAGUUCUGAGUGGAUAUGACUGGGUACCGUAAUGCCUCAAGUGUCCUUACCCUCCUGGUCCUGCUGACAGGAGCUUCCUUCCUCCAACUGUCCAGCCCCAAUCCUAUCAAAACCCCUGGAGAGAUUCAUAGCCCAUUUAGAAAUACUCCUCCUGGGCUGAUGGUGUCAGGAGAUGGGGAAAGAAGGGAUGAGGAGAGACGACCAUUAAAGAAAGAAGAGGCAGAAGCAGAAGAGGACCUCUUUAAAGAUGUGGAUCCCAAAACACUUGCAGCAGUUCUACUGGAGGCACUAAAUCAUUCACAAGUAGAGAGAAGGAUGGAGGGAGAGGAGCACAAAGGGAUAGAAGAAGAGAUCAAAGCCGAGAGAGGGGAGGUUAAAAAAGAGGAGGAAUUCAGACAAGUGAGAACGAUGGAAGGAUCCGACCGAGACAGAGAUGGACGGCAGGAGUUAGAGCUGCUGAUGGCCACGCAGGGGAGGGAGCAAGAAAGAGAGGAGGAAGAGGAGAGGAAGAAAGCUCAGGAAGAAGAGGAAAGGAUGACUGAAAAGGUGACAAGUCAUACUACAAGUCAGACAGUCCAGGUCCAAACAGAACAGCAGCCCACAAGUCCAGAUAGACAAGUUGAGAAUGAGAAGGGUGCUGCUCCCCAGCAGGGACCAACCAGCUCUGAACAAGGCAAUAAUGAGGAGGAGGAGCAGCUCAGUCCAGAGGAGCUGAGGAGCCUUGAGACCAUGAUGAAGGAGUUUCCUAGUUUGGACACAGCCACUAAGAGGAAUGGGGAUUCAGAGCAAAACCAGAGAGAGAGCCGAGGUUACAGUAACCAAAAUUACAUCAUACCAAUAAAUAAAGGUAGCAACCUUGCCAUGUCAAAGAAACUGAGAUGGCAGGAGGAGACGCAGAAAGCCCUAAGUCUACCAACAUUCAAGGGAGGCAACUUUAUGGAUGACUUUGAGGACAGUAACUAUGGCAAUAAUGCCGCACAGUCUCAGCCUCCAGCAGAGCAGGAGGGGAUGGAAGGAGAUGAGCCAGAGGAGCCAGAAGGGGAAAAGGAAGACGAGGAGGCGUUGAGUCCAGAGGAGGAGGAAGUUCAGGCCAAAGCAGAGCAGGAGGAAAUGAGGAGGCAGGCAGCUGAGGCACAGAGAGCAAAGAUGGAGGAAGAGAAGUUAGCCGACAUCGCCUCAGACAUGUUGCUGCGCUACAUGGUCAAACAGAAUAACGGGAACAAGAAGUACAGUUCAUCUCUGUCCAACGCUGCAGAGGACAAGAGGUCUGACGAAGAACAGGAAAUGAUUGAGGACGACGAUAUCGAUCCCCAGACUAUUGACAAGCUGAUCGAAAUUUCCAGCAAGCUACACCUUCCUGCCGAUGAUGUGGUGGACAUCAUCAAUGAUGUGGAGAAGAAGAAAAAGAAAGACGUGCCACCUGAGCUAACGUCACAUUGGCAACAACCUCUAACUCCCCUGUCUUCUUCGUUCUCAUCCAACAAUGGCUUCUCAACGUCACAGAUUUCCAACAAGCAAAAUAACCAGCCUGUAUCAAAGCUAUCAUCUCCGGCUGCAAAUCUCCUCAAAACUUGGUUCCAGGAGAAAACAACAGCAAAAUCACAGGAUGGCUGGAGCAAACCUGUAAACCCUCUGCGCUCCAAUCAAAAUCCAUGGCCCAAACCUCAGAAGACGUUGUCAGUCAAACAGGACCUCUGGCGCAAACCACCCAAGUCUGUUUGGACUGGCUACCCUUCUUACCCCUACGUUUACCCAUUCUACUACCAGAGGAAGCCCUACCCUGACUACUACCCCUUCUAUUAUCCAACUCCCCCCAGACCCAAACCCCGUUACUACCUCCCCAAACCUGCUCUCACCCGCAACCGCUACCUUGGAAAUUCUGUGGAUGAUGCCAACAUGUUCCCUCCCAGACGUCGUUAUUACAGCUGGAUCCAACCUCAGCUGGAAACUCCAGCCACAGGUAAUCAGCAGCAACCCUACUACACCCGCUACCCCCUCCCAUUAUACCCACGUACAUUUCAGCCAAUUCCCAAACCACGUUCCCCUCCUCGAAUGCCAGUAAUCUCUCCUCAACAGAAGCAGAGAUAUCACUCAGCCCUGGCACCUGCAGUGAUGAGAAAAGAAGAUUAUUAUGUGGCUGGAAAGCAGUCAAACAGCAGCAACCGUGACGAUCUGGAGAGGUACAUACAGCAGAUACUCCUGAACAGACCACAGAUGUUUGAGUGAAGCACGGAUACGAGUGGGAAUAGGGAAAAUGGAAAGGAGGAGAGAUGACCAGAAAAGAGUGUAUUUCUUUAUUUUGCUGAUGUUUGGUUUUGUUUUUCACACGUAACAACUUUCUUUCUAAUAUUUGGGUUGGUUGUUAUUUGGACAAGGACAAUACAGAGGACUUUUUUCUUCCAGAAUUAAUCUGGAUAAAAUUAAACUUUGGAGGGGAAUGAAGGGAAAGAUACACAUCUACUCUCCUCCUGUGUGAAGGCGGAAGAACCAGGAUGAACGUGGUCUGGUGGAAAGCACGACAUGGCAAAGAAUUGUAUCAUGCAAGAACUUCUUAUCCAAAUUCCCAGCAUGACAACUUUCUCCAUUUGGACAUUUUAAUAUGCCGACAAAGGAGGAUGCUUAAAUAUCUUGUGAUCUGUACCUUUAAAAAAAAAAAUCGAUUUCAGAGUCAGAUGAAUCGUGGGUUGUGAUGACGGCUGGAGGAAUUUCACUGUAAACACACACAAAAAGAACAUUUGUGGGAUUAUCUCAGGCAGGGAAACAUUCUAAAAAAGAUUUCAUAACCAUAAUUCAUCAGAAAAAAUAUGCACAAUUGAGCCAAAAGUUUGUGGACACCAAACAUCAUAUAUAAUAUAUAAACACAACAAAUGGGGAUUCUGACCAUUUCUUUAUGGACAUUUUAUGAGUGGGGGGUAUUGUUGAGUUGAAACACAACUUGGCUAAGACAAAUUGUCUACACAACAUUGGAAUCUCUAUGAGAGCUAAAAAAUAUCACUGUAUACUAGUGUGGGUGUCCAUAUACUUUUGGCCAUAUUAAACAUCAACCCUUGCCCAAUUCACCUUAUAGAAAUCAAAUUAACAUCAUACAUAAACCGGGACUGGCCUCAUGUCAA